AUGACAGUUCUCUCUGAGCUCAUAUACCAGCUAUAUGUCAAAACAAUAGUCCUAUUCACAUACAUGCUAAUAGAACUCAUCCUCAUCAUUUGUUACCUAAAGUCUACAAAAAACCCAAUCACCACAACCCAAUACCUCAAUUUCAUCGAAGAGAAAAACCCAACAAGAAAGUUGAAGAAGCCUACAACAGAACACAUAGAUUGCAUGGUAUGUUUAUCCGAGUUCAAGGAAGGAGACACUGUGAGGAACUUGAAUUGCCAACACACCUUUCAUAAGGAUUGUUUAGAUGAGUGGUUCUUGCAAGACCAAUAUUGUGCUACUUGUCCACUUUGCAGGAACAAGGUUUUGUCUGAUGAUGUUUCUUCAAAGUAUUGUUUGCUUCAAAAUCAGGUCGAGUUUGAUGGGAUUGAUGAUCACUUUUUGGAUUUGCUAUCUUCAUUAAGAGAUGGUGGUGAUAUUUGCUAUAGAUAUCUCUGA